AUGAGCAGCAACACAGCUAAAACGACUCCUGUUGUCACUGACGAGAUUGUGAUAUUUCAAAAAAAGAAAACAAAAGAUGACAGCUCGACAGACUCAAUUGAUUUGAACGACGAAACCCCCAAAAAGCAGAAACCAGCCGAAGACGAUGAGGGGUAUAGCGACCUUGGUCUGUACGAUAAUGUGUGCGUCAACCUCCAAAACAGUAAACGUAUCACUGGGGUACUUUGUCUUUUCAAAAAGAGAAAUCAAUUGUUUAUUAGUUACCUUCCCAUUGACGUUCGUAAUACUGUAACAUUCAAAACCCUAAUUACAAAAGACACGGGGACAGUCGAUAUUCAGAGUUAUAAGAUUAACAUCCCAUUCAGAGAGAUUGUAGCAUUUUAUGUGAAGCCGGAGAAAUCAUCUAUGCUUCUCAGUUUUGAGGUACAACAAAACCGGUUCCCCAUGAAAAUUCCAAUAUUUGAGUUUUGUGGGAAGAAAGAAUUGUUCGACUCGUUCAUGACAACAAUGAAAAACAACUCCAACUCAACCAUCACCAAAGACGAGACAAGAAAGACACGAUACAUCGUCACACACAAAUUUGAAAUGCGAACCGACGCAGCUUUGUUCCACAAAAAGGCGUAUUUGCGACUGACAAACCCAUCACUUGUUCAGAAAAGAAAGAGCCUAAUGGUUAAAGAACAUGUCGAUGUCAUGGCCCCGAUCACAAGAAAGUUUUUACAAUCUUUGAUGGAUGAAAGAGGAUUCAUAACUGCGUCGAAUAUGAAUACAAUCAGAAAAGUGUUGUUGUAUAGGGGGUGCGAGAAUGAAGUGAGGGAAUUUGUGUGGAAACUUUGCUUGGGGUUUUAUGAGGGAAAAAACACACAAAAGGAACGGAUGGAAUGGGACGAGCAAAGAAAAGAAGACUAUGAAAAAAUCAAAAGCACAUGGACAAACGUCCUUCCCGAAAUGAAAGAGAACUGGGACGAGUUUGUGAAGACAGAAGACCAAAUCAUGAAAGAUGUCAAACGGACAGAUAGAGACGAUCCGAUGUUUAAAGCAGACGAUUCAUUUGGCCUGAAGUUGUUGACAAACGUGUUAAUGUCUGCAACGAUGUUUAAUAUGAAAAUCAUGUAUGGCCAAGGGAUGAAGGUUUUCUCCUCUAAUUCCGUGUACCUCAACAAACAACUUAACAAACUUGAACAAUUGUACACUUGCUAU